AUGUCGCGCAUUCCCUUCUAUCACUGCGAAGAGGCUACGUUUGCCAUUGCGCCGUUGCUUGGGGACAAGUACAUUGCGCAAAAGAAGACAUCUUUCCUCGCGGACCUAUGGGAAGCCUUCACUACUGCCAAGUACGUGGAAGCUCGCCCCUCGAGCGAGCCAGGAGUAGUGCAUUGGGCCAAGGCCUGA